UCACUUCUCAUAUGCAGAAUCUAUAGAUCAUGAAGCGAAGAUUCGAAGCUCGCCGUGAAAGAUCUGUUCGUCCGCGAUGGAAAAUUGCUUCCAUGAAAGGCCUUACCACCAAUCAAACCAGUUCCGCCACCACUCCAGGAAUCAGCAAAGAUACGGCCAGAGCAAAGAAGGUGAAGUUUAAAAGUUCUAGAUGGGAACAUGGAGAAACCUCCUCUCAUGAACGUGAAGCUCCAAAAACGUCUGAAUAUGCUUACUUCAGGAAGUUCAAGAAUAAUGCAGAUUCAGAAGACAUGAACAAUUACCAAGAACUCAGGUUCUCCACCCAUGUUGAGAAAGUAAGACCUAUCAACUACAACUGUUCACCAUCCUCUCCUGCUGUAACCACAACUAUGGCCCGAGGUUUACACAAUUGA